AGAAGAAUCACCCAACCCUAAAAGAUAAAAUUUAUUUCUAAUUGAAAUAUUUUAAAUCAUUAUUAAUUUGUUUUAUUUCAUACAAAUUUUUCAAUUCAAAUCACUUCUUUUAUUGGCAAAUAUUCUAAAACGUUUCUUUUUUCUUUCUUUAUUCUCUUUUCCGAUCAGAUAUUUCUCAAUUUGUCUCAAAAAUAAAUUAUCUUUCAAUAAAAAUGCAUCUUCAAAGUUUUCAUUCUAAAACAUACAAUUUUCAAACACGUUUCUUUUCAAAACAAAAGAUUUCUUCAUUUCAUUUUAAUGAAUUUUAUACAAAAAAAAAGCAAUGAAGGAUUUUUUUUAUAGAAAUUGUUUUGAUCUAAAUCUCUUGUUUUCCUCCUUUUCUAGAACCAAAAUUCAGCAAAUGGAAACAAAAUGCUAUCACUGUGGCUGGUGGAAAUGGAGAAGGAGAAGGAUUAAAUCAACUCAGUCACCCUUUUGGAAUCUUUAUUGAUGAAAAGAAAAAUAUUUUCAUUUCUGAUCGUUUUAAUCAUCGUAUUGUUGAAUGGAAACAUAAUGCAAAAGAAGGAAAAAUCAUUACAGGUGGAAAUGGACAAGGAAAUCGAAUGGAUCAAUUGAAUUAUCCAACAAAUAUGAUUGUUUAUCAACAAAAUCAUUCGGUCAUCAUUGCCGAUUCUCAGAAUAGACGAGUGAUUCAAUGGUUGAAUCAGAAGCAACAAAUUCUCAUUGACAAUAUUGACUGUUAUGGUUUGGCAAUGGAUAAACAUGGAUUUCUUUAUGUUUCUGAUGCUGGGAAGAAUGAAGUGAGACGAUGGAAAAUAGGAGAAUACAACAAUGAAGGGAUUGUAGUGGCAGGUGGAAAUAGAAGAGGAGAUUACCUUAAUCUACUCAAUUUUCCUACUUCUAUCUUUGUUGAUGAAGAUCAAUCUGUUUAUAUAUCAGAUCAUGAGAAUCGUCGUGUAAUGAAAUGGAUAAAAGAUGCCAAAGAAGGAACAAUUGUGGCUGGAGGAAAUGGCGGAGGAGAUAAUCUUAAUCAAUUGUAUUAUCCUCAAGGAGUAGUUGUUGAUGAUUUGGGUCAAAUCUAUGUGGCAGAUUAUGGAAAUGAUCGAAUAAUGCGUUGGUGUGAAGGAAAAGAAGAAGGUGAAGUUGUUGUUGGUGGAAAUGGUCAUGGAAAUCAAUCAAAUCAAUUGAAUGGUCCCAUAGAUUUAUCGUUUGAUGAUGAAGGAAAUCUUUAUGUUGCUGAUAUUGGAAAUCAU